AUGGCGGUGUGGACGCGCGCCCGCAAGGCCGGGCUGGUGGAGGUGCUGCUGCGGGAGCGCUGGGUGCGGGCGGUGGCCGAGCUGAGCGGGGAGGCGCUGGCGCUGAGCUCCGAGCCGGAGCCGCGCAACGGGCUGCCCAACGGCGCCUCCUCCGCCGCCGCCGCCGCCGCCGCCUCGCCCUCCGCCUCCCCCGAGCGGGGCGCCGGAGCCCCCUCCCCGCCCUCCCCGCCGCGGGGCUCGGCGCCGGGCUCCCCUCCGGCCGGGGUGCGGCGCGUGCGGGUGGUGAAGGCGGAGGCGGGCGGGCUGGGCAUCAGCAUCAAGGGCGGGCGCGAGAACCGCAUGCCGGUGCUCAUCUCGCGCAUCUUCCCGGGGCUGGCGGCCGAGCGCUGCGGGGCGCUGCACCUGGGCGACGCCAUCCUGGCCGUCAACGGCCUCGACCUCCGCGACGCCACCCACGAUCAGGCCGUGCAGGCGCUCAAGCGGGCCGGCCGGGAGGUCCUGCUGGAAGUGAAGUACAUGCGGGAGGCCACUCCGUACAUCAAGAAGCCGUCGCUGGUGUCCGACCUGCCGUGGGACGGGGCGUUUCCGCAGUCACCCAGCCUCAGCCUCAGCCUCAGCGAGGAGUCUGGCUCCCCAAAGCACCAGAGCCCCCCACAGGACCGCAAAGUCAUCCCUUUGAAGAUGUGCUACGCUGCCAGGAACCUGAGCAUGCCGGACCUGGAGAACAGGCUGAUUGAGCUGCAUUCGCCCGACAGCCGGAACGCCCUGAUUCUUCGCUGCAAGGACACGGCCACAGCGCAUUCAUGGUUCACGGCAAUCCACAGCAACAUCAUGGCCCUCCUCCCACAGGUCCUGGCCGAGCUCAAUGCCAUGCUGGGGGCCAGCCACGCGCCAGGCAGCAGCAGGGAGGUGAAGCAGAUCGCCUGGCUGGCCGAGCAGGCCAGGCUGGAUGGCGGGCGGCAACAUUGGCGGCCGGUCCUUUUGGCCGUGACGGAGAAGGACCUGCUGCUCUUUGACUCCGUGCCCUGGACGAGGGACGCCUGGGCCUCCCCCUGCCACAGCUACCCUCUGGUGGCCACCAGGCUGGUGCAUUCAGGCUGCAGGUCGCCCUGCCUGGGAUCAGACCUCAGCUUUGCCACGCGGUCCGGUUCUCGCCAGGGCAUCGAGAUGCACGUCUUCCGUGUGGAGACCCACCGUGACCUCUCCACCUGGACCAGGACCCUGGUGCAGGGCUGCCAUGCCGCCACAGAGCUCAUCAAAGAGGUCUCCGUAGGCUGCGUCUGGAACAGCCAGGACGUUCGGCUCACCAUCCACUAUGAGAACGGCUUCACCGUGAGCAGCGAGGGAACCGGUUCCACCGGCCUCCUCCUCCGAUACCCCUUUGAGAAGCUGAAGAUGUCUGCUGACGAUGGCGUCCGAAACUUGUACUUGGACUUUGGCGGCCCAGAGGGGGAACUGGCCCUGGAGAUGCACUCCUGCCCCAAACCCUUGGUCUUCGUCCUGCACACCUUCCUGUCGGCCAAAGUGACCCGCCUGGGCCUCCUGGCCUAGCCACAGCCGCCACCACCAUCGCUGCAGCCGCCGCCGCGUGGUUCCUGGCCUUGGGAAGCUCCCCCUGCCAGCCUCAGUGCCUUGCCUGGACUUGGAAUGGUCCCGUCUCUCCCCUUCUGAAGGGCUCUGCGGAGGCUGCAGCCUGGAAUCCUUUGCCUGGUCAGGGCAGGGCAGGCGGGAGCCGUAGAGGGAGCAAUUCUCUGGUUGGAUCGCGUCAAGCCAUCGUUCUGUUCCACUUGCCAGAUGUGCCUUUCGGUGGCGGCGGGAAGAGAAGGGGAGCUUCCUCCCAGAAGAAGCAAAGUGGUGCCUUGUCUGCCUGCCCAGCUAACCUCUGACGUGCCCGAGUCGUUUGCUGCUGCUGCUGCUGCUGGAAGGGGGUCUGGGUGAGGCUGGGGGCUGCUGUUCGGUUGGCUGCCGGGUUCCAAAUCAGCAGGGCCUCCAAAGGCUCCGUUCCCCCCCAUCUGAUUUUUAGUCGGAGAGCCAGUGAAAGGAGCCCCUCCUCAACGCCUGGUUCAGAAACAGCGCAGGGAAACCGAGUAGCUUUCUUUGAGCACCUCCGGCUUGCAAUGCGCAGCCUGUCCCUCUUGCCAGAAAGGGAGAUGUUCCUUGACCGGCUCCCUCGCCCAUUUUGACACUGACCAUCAGACUGGAGUAGCCAAGCCUGAAUCACAAUUUUUACUAUUUAUCUUCCUCUGCAGAACCUCCCCCAGCUUGAGUGAAUGUUCCCACAAUUCCUAACGGGGCACUUCCAAAAAUCCUCAGCACCUGUGAAUGCAGAGUCAGUGAGGAGGCCACAAAAUAGACCCCCCUUUCCCCCUUGGGCCCAGAGUUCUCCCUCUGCAACAAAAGGAAUUUGGCCUCUGGAUACAAUAGUUGAGUCACCAGGGAAAAGCAGUGGAGGCACUGGGUGUUCCUUGCUCUCCCGAGGAAAGAAAUGAAAUUGCAAACCUUGAGUGCUGCCCUGGUUCUUGCCCAGAGGAGGGAGGAGUCCGAGAGAUGCCCCCAGUUCUGGCUCCAGUGGAGGGGAUGGGUAGGAGGGGCUGCUACCAGGGAGGACCCCUCUGCACCAUUCAAGGAGGGUGGGGGGGGGGGUGUCAGGCCUCCUCCUUGGGACUUACAAAAGGGGGCCGGCAGAGAUCCUGCCAUGGGGGCCCAGGAGAAGAGCCAGAGGUUGCAGCCUCCGUUCCUCCUGCAGUCUGGAAUGGGUCUUGGGCAUCAUUUGAAAAGGGGGAACAGCCCUCUCCUCUGACCGUUGAGCCUCCAUCCUUUUAGAUCCUGGGUCAGAGGCCCUCUUGGCCCAGGGGAAGGAGGGAGGAGGCAGAAGGCUUCCUGACCCCUCCUGUGAAGGACUUGGGCCCUCUCGGCGGGAGGGGAAGGCUGGCACCCUUGACCUGCGUGUCUGGCUGCUCUGUCAGGACUGGAAUUUGGACUUCAGAGAAACCUCAAGGAAGGAUCGUUUCUGGCCCUUCUCUGUGCUAAAAGCCAAUGCUCAGUGUUGCUGGCGUCCCUUUCUGAAGAGAAUGCCUUUGCCACCUUCCGUUGGGGGAAAGCAGCUUCCCUCCGGAGUUGCAGUGAUCCUUUGCUGCUCGUGUCCACCGGCCAGGCUCCCAUCCAGGGUUGCUGCCAGGAACCCUCGUACGUCUUUCAGAAAAGGGAGGGGGAGGGGGCUAUGAAUGUAUGGCAUGGAGGGACAAAAUCUGGCUGGCGUUCGGUUUUCAAACGGUGCUUUUAUAUCACAGGGAUAAACUGUCACUACCAAAUUGAGACAAACAUUUAAAAAUAGGGGUGAGGAAGUGCAGCGUGGCUCUCGUGUUCUCACCCUUUUUUACAUAGCACUAGCAACUCCAGGUCCAGUUUUUCAGCCCAGGGAUGGUGUUGCAAGGAGGCCAAUGCGCUGGGCGUUUAGACCCUGAAUUGAGCAUAAGGCUGGAGUGCGGGACGAAGCUCCAGCGGUGGAGAAUUUGAGGCGGGAGGCAAGGACAGAUUUCAGGGCUUUCUUGCUCAUGUUUUUUAGGCCAGGGAAAGACUUUAAUUCAUUAAUUUAAUUACUGAACUGGGGUGGCGCCUCUCGCUAAGCGGAUACCUUUGUUCCAUGACGCAACAGCGAUUGGCUGCAGUUUCCCACCACCUGUCAGAUGUCGGGAGUUUACAGAUAGGGCAAAGACAACCGUUAAUAGGCCCAAAGUGCCAAAGAGGUCUGGAAAUUUUGCACAGAAAUCACUACAAGUAGGCGUCUGUGUUAACGCUGUGCAAAGCUGUAUGUCUGUGUGGCUGUGCUGAUUGUUAUAAUCUAACGUGGAGUAUUGCAACAGACGCGGUCACAAUCAAAUCCUCAAUGUACAACCAGCUUUAUUUUUUUAUUCUUCGUACGUGGUAUUUAUACAAUGACUUGCUUUUCCAACGAUUUUAAAUACAAUUCUGGGGGGUCUCCAGGUUCUCAAGAGGCGAUAGUUCGACCAUGUCUGAUCUUUGCCAGCAGAGAAAUUCCAAAAAAAUGCAGAAAACCUGGCGGCUCCUGGCCCGAGUUACUCUCCGCUGUAUCGCAUUGUACAUUACAAUGAAGGGCGACAAAGGGCAGGUGUACAAUAAAGUAUUAUUAGUUUUA